AUGGCAGGUAGAAACGUUUGGGGGUUGAAGCAGCUGUCUCUGCAGAUGUCAUGCAAGAAAAGAAACUUUGAAGCUAUCUUCAGGAGAUGUGCCUCGACCUCAUCACAAGUGCAUGGGAAUUGUAAAGCCUCCCUGCUGAAGAAAUUUAAUGCCAAGAUUCCUGAAGAGAGUAAAAAUGUCUGCAUCUACCGAGUCCCCGCUAAACUGCGUCAAGUAGAGGCAGAGGCGUAUGAUCCAAGCAUUGUAUCGGUUGGCCCUUAUCAUCGUGGAGAUCAACACUUGAAAGAAAUGGAGGAGGUAAAGCUAAAAUUCUUCCAUAGUUUUCUCAAGUCAAGACAAGAAGGUGAAGUCGAACUAGACAGAGUGAUUUCGGCAAUGGAGAAACUAGAGCCGAGGGCUAGGAGUCGUUAUGCAGACGAUGUUAAGCUGAGCAGAGAUGAAUUCAUUGAGAUGAUGACCAUCGAUGGUUGCUUCGUCCUGCAGCUCCUGAGGGAGGUUGGCGGCCGUUCUUCUUCAUCCCUCCUUCAAAGGUGGAUGUUGCCAACGCUGCGCCGCGAUUUAAUCAAGCUCGAAAACCAGCUCCCGAUGAUAGUUCUAGACGAAUUACUCGAUUUGGUCGAUGCCAAUUCUCGAUGUGAAUACUCGAUUCUUUCCCCACAGGACCUCGCGUUGAAGUUCUUCAAUCCGUUACUGCGGAGGGACUCACAUACAAAUGCUGCUGGUACCACCGGGAUGAAUGAGGCCUGUCACUUUCUUGAUCUAUUCCGCUCCAGCAUUCUCCCUGAGAUACAGGAUCAGGACCGGGAAAGGCAAGCGCGCAUGAUCCGAUCUGUAACUGAGUUGAGGGAAGCAGGAGUGGUCCUCGAGAAAUCGCAGAACAACAGGGCACUAGACGUCCGAUCCGAGGGAAGGGUCCUGAAGAUUCCGCCCCCUCCACAUAGACGAUCACAGAGGCACCUUGUUCCGCAACAUGACGAUGUGGAGAUCCUCCUUUACAAAGGCAUAGUCCACCACUCUCUCGGAAGUAACAAGGAGGCAGCGAAUCUGGUGAACAAGCUGUGCAGAGAAGUGGACUGGGACGGAGAAGAGUCGUACCUGCACAAAGUGGUGUGCGAAGACAUCGAUGUAUACUUCAUGAGUAGGUACGCGAAACUCAGAGCACGCCUUGUUCAUUACUACUUCAGCAACUGGGUGGUCGGGAUCUCGACCGUGGCGGGAUUGUUCGUGCUCUAUCUUACGCUAAUCCAAACGGGUUGUGGAGUUGCCGAAACACUGAAAACUCUGAAGGAGAAUAGCUUCUGGUCAUACAUAAGCGAUUCCUUUAUUCUGCUCUUCUCGCGCCCCUCCACGCCAAUCGUUCAUAAGGACUCGAACAAGGGAUGA